AUGUCCCUGUCAGUCGCCCGGAGCCGGCUGACGGAGGAGCGCAAGCAAUGGCGCAAGAACAAGCCCUUUGGAUUCCAUGCUCGCCCCGAGACGACAUCCACCGGGGAGACGAACCUGCUGAAGUGGAAUUGCCACAUCCCCGGCAAGGAGAACACUCUCUGGGAGGGUGGUUUCUACCCACUCACCAUGGAGUUCAGCGAGGAGUACCCCGCCAGGCCCCCAAAGUGCAAAUUCCCCGCCGGGUUCUUUCACCCAAAUAUUUAUCCUAGCGGGACUGUCUGCCUGUCCAUCCUGAACGAGGAUGAAGGCUGGCGGCCGUCAAUAACGGUGAAGCAGAUCCUCGUGGGCAUUCAGGAGCUAUUGGACACGCCAAACCCCCAUUCACCAGCCCAGUCAGACGCCUACCUGAUGUUCACCCAGCGGUUGACAGAGUACAAGAGGAAGAUCAAGGAUGUGGCGUCCAAGUACCCGCCUCCACAUUGA